AUGAGGACAGAAGAGACACCGUCGCUCCCGUCGAGCAUCCUACCGCCCCUCCGUUCUCUCGAGUCCACAUCCCAGGAUGCCAUAUUCACCGCCCUGAGGGGGCUGAUGGCCAUAUACUGUCCUCACCUAUCGGAAGAUGGGCAGAAGCAGCAGGUGAAAACUUCCGCACUCGAUGAUGACGACGACGACGACAAAGACUCCCCACUGGCCGCUAUCCGCGCCGACGCCUUUGAAAAAUCCUUUGUCGAGCGCUGGCUGACGGGCUUCCUAUCGCGAUCCGAGAUGCUGACGUGCUUCGACUCGGAUGUCAACGACUCACGUCAGCGCGCCGUCGACCUGGCCUCCCAUAUAUUUGAGUCCCUCACGGCCAAUUCAGACGACGAUGACCAACAGCGCCAGGAGGAACUAGCCGACUAUACGCGAGAUUUCUCCUUUACCGUCCUCGGCCGUGACGACGAGGAGCCCAUCACGGUGCGUCUCAAUGACGGUUUGGCAGGCCAGAACCCCAAGGAGGCCGACGACGUAGGUCUUCAGAGCUGGGGCGCCUCCAUCGUCUUCUCGGACCUGCUGUGCAACGAGCCGUCGCGCUUCGGCCUUACACGCGAGAACCUGGGCGUGUCGCCGCGCAUCGUCGAUCUCGGCGCCGGAACGGGGCUGGUCAGCUUCGUCCUCGCCAAGCUGCUCCCGCGCCUGGACGUCCCGGACUCCACUGUGAUCCCGACAGACUACCAUCCGCUGGUUCUCGAUAAUCUGCGUGCCAACGUCGAUGCCAACUUUUCUGCCUCGGCAUCCUCGUCGUCGUCCUUCACGUCAGCGUCCCUGUCGACCACCACCACCGCCUCCUCGACCGUGUCCCGAGACAGCGUCCCUGCCGCCCUGCUCGACUGGGCGAAGCCGUCCUCCGAGCCGCCCCUCCACCUACCCGCCGACAUGCUCUUCGCCACAGAUGUCGUGUACAUGGCCCAGCAUGCCGCGUGGAUCCGCAACUGCGCCACGGGACUGCUCGCCCCCAAGGGCAUCUUCUGGCUCCUUGUCACCGUGCGCGACACGGGCAGAUUCGACGGCGUGAGCGAUACCGUCGGGAGGGCCUUUGCCGACGAGGACAGGCCACGGGGACCGGAUGGGAGGCGGUUGACCAUUCUCAACGAGGAGCGUCUAGAGAAGAGGAAGGCUAUAGGGAGGGGUGAUGAGGCUGGGUAUAGACUUUUCAGAAUCGGUUGGGCAUAG